CAAUACAAUAAAUAACCAACACUCGACGAGGAAUUCACAACGAUGAGUGUCAUUGAAGCACUGUACAUAUUCGACGAGCACAACAAUAUCCUGUUCAACCACGUCUACACGAAUCGUCCUCCUCCGCCGUCGACACUACUUCCGCUGUACCUCCAACAUGCCUCUCCUCGACCAAGUGUGAUCUAUCUUUCAUCGACGAGGCCUCCGACAAUCCUCUUCUCCAUCACCCAUGAUAAUCUCCUCUUCCUCUCCCCGUCCGCGAAUGACAUCGAACCACUCCUCGUCUUGGAAUUCCUGCACCGCGUCGCUGAUGCCCUCGAGGAAUUCCUCGGCGCGCCGCUCCUCGCCACCAAGCUUGCUGCCAAUUAUGAUCUCGCCGCCCAGGUCGUCGCCGAAAUGGCCGACGCCGGCGUCGUCUGCCAGGGCGAAGCGAAUGCCCUCCGGGACGUAGUCGAGACAGGACCCGGCGUGCUGAAGAACCUCCUGGGUAACGUCGGUCUGCCAGGCUCUAGUCCAGCGUUUGCUCCCCAAGCGGGUCCUCUCACCGGUCUGUCGUCGUCGCAGCCGGCAUUGAGCAGUCAAGGCUCGGCGAUUCCCUGGCGGCGCAGUAAUGUUCGACACACGAACAACGAGCUCAAAGUGGACAUUGUCGAGUCGGUCAAUGUGAUCCUGGCGCCGUCCGGGCGACCUCUCUGUGCUUUCGCCCAUGGCAGCAUCGCCUUCACUUCGCAGGUCAGCGGUGUACCGGAUCUCCUCCUCACGCUUUCAUCCGGCUCCAAAGGCGCAGGAAUGGGCACGCGGGGCGAUCGGUUGCGCAACGUCAUGGAACGCGUCGUCUUCCAUCCAUGCGUCCGACUAUCGAAAUGGAGCACGGAGGGCGUCAUGUCCUUUGUCCCACCCGACGGCCGUUUCGUCCUCUGCGGCUACGAGGUCGACCUCCUCGGUCCCGACGCCAAUUUCACCACCGCGGCCUCCGCCCAGAAAACAAUGGCAUCCCUCAACAUGCCUGCGACCAUCGAGCUGAACUCCAACCUCGGCCCCACAGGCGCCGACUUCGAAGCCCGCAUCACGCCCACGUCAAACAGCAACCCCUCCUCCUCCAGCAGCAGCAACAGCGCCACCGCCUCCCUCCAAUCCAACCUCGCUCCCCGCCCGAACCCUUUCCGCGCCGGAAGUUCCAGCGGCAUCAUCGGCGGCGACGCCAAACCCUCCGCCGCCGUGCUCGAGUCUCUCACCGUGCACAUCCCCAUCCCGGCUCUGGUCCGCAACAUUUCCGACCUCCGCCCCACCCGCGGCGAAGCCCACUGGAACCCGGCCGAGAGCAGCGUGGAAUGGCGGCUCCCGGCGAAGGAAUUCGGCGGCGCGGGCGCGGUGCUCCGGUGCACGCUGCAGGGCCCGCUCGCGGACGACGACGACGACGACGAUGACGACGGAGGAAAGAAUGGAGGCGGCAUCCUCAACGGGAUGAGCUCCACGACCUACGACUACGACGAGGAGCCAUCCCGCGCCCCUCCCGCCGCGACCAACAACAACAACAACAGGCAGCGAAAGAGCACGACGGCAGCGCCCUCCCUCGAACGCCUCGACGCGGCCCGCCGCGAGCGCCACCGCGACCUCAUGCCGACGUCCGCGACGCUGAGCUUCGCCGUCAAGGGCCGGUUGGCGAGCGGGCUGAAGGUGGAGAGUCUGCUGCUCGAUGCGAAGAAGAGCCGAGAGCUGGGCGCGCAGGUCAAGCCUUACAAGGGCGUGAAGUAUCUCACCGUGAGCCGGAAAGGGGUGGAGGUGAGAUGUUGAGGGGGGGGGAUUUCAAUUUCGGAAAAAAGAAUUGGGCGUCGGGGAAAUUCUCCUGGAGGGAAAGGGGGUCUGGGGCGUGUCUUGUGGUGGGUUGGGAAGAAAUCUUAUGAUGUUGGGACUGUGGAUUCACGAAAAGGCUUUUUCCCAUUUCCCCCUCUCUGUUCUGCAAAGGGCUUUUCUUUCCUUUCUUUCCCGUGGCAGGAAGAGGGACAAUGGGGAGAGGUGACGUGCAAAAAGACAGUAUGCAUGGUUGGAUUUCUUCUCUUGAUACAUAUUUACACGCACGCACACACCCACAGCUCAUCCUUCACAUGGGCGUCAACCCCUCGGCCUUGGAGAUCCUUCGCAGUGAACAGGUCCUAGAAUGCCACACCCAUCUGUCUCUGUGAUCCUCCCGACCUCCAUCUGUCUCCGCCUCCGCGGAAAAAAUAAACAUAUGAAAAAGGAAUUUCCGCCCAUCCCGUCG